GAGGCUGGCUUUAUUCCUGGGCAGAAAGGGUGAGGGAGCCGGAAGUGAGGCGUCUGGGCUGUCAGCGACCCGCGAGGACUUGAAGUAGACGCGGCGGCGUCCGCAGUGGCUCCGGGCUCCCGCCCGGGUGCAGCUGCAGCGGGAGGGAAGGAACGACAGUCCGAGUGGCGCUCCUUCCUUUGUGUCUGGGUUGGAAUACUCUCCUCGGCGCCCCGGGACUGCGUGGGCCGCCUGCGGGGGUGACGCCUCCUCCGCAGGUCGGAGAUUCCCGGGGGUCUUCAGGAGCCCCCCGGCUGCGGAGGCCCAGCUCAUGGUUGACAGAGAAGGAAAAAUUUGAGGGAGGAUGGAUGCAAAAGCGCGAAAUUGUUUGCUUCAACAUAGAGAAGCCCUGGAAAGGGACGUCAAAACAUCCUACAUCAUGGAUCACAUGAUUAGUGAUGGAGUUUUAACAGUGUCGGAGGAGGAAAAAGUAAAAAAUGAGCCCACCCAACGGCAACGAGCAGCUAUGCUAAUUAAAACGAUACUUGAAAAAGAUAAUUAUUCCUAUAUAUCAUUCUACAAUGCUCUGCUACAUGAAGGGUAUAAAGAUCUUGCCGACCUUCUCCAUCGUGGCAUUCCUGUCAUAUCUUCUUCCAAUGGCAAAGAUUCAGUUGGAAUAACUUCAUAUGUAAGGACAGUCCUGUGUGAAGGUGGAGUACCACAGAGGCCCGUUGUUUUUGUAACUAGGAGGAAGCUAGUGAAUGCAAUUCAGCAGAAGCUCUUCAAACUGAGUGGUGAACCGGGAUGGGUCACCAUAUAUGGAAUGGCAGGUUGUGGGAAGUCUGUAUUAGCUGCAGAAGCUGUUCGAGAUCAUUCUUUCUUAGAAGUUUGUUUCCCAGGGGGUGUGCAUUGGGUUUCAGUUGGGAAACAAGACAAAUCUGGGCUUCUGAUGAAACUGCAGAAUCUUUGCACACGGUUGGAUCAGGAUGAGAAUUUCUCCCAGAGGCUUCCACUUAAUAUUGAAGAAGCUAAAGACCGUCUCCGCAUUCUGAUGCUGCGCAAACAUCCAAGGUCUCUGUUGAUUUUGGAUGAUGUUUGGGAUCCUUGGGUGUUAAAAGCUUUUGACAAUCAGUGUCAGAUUCUUCUUACAACCAGAGACAAGAGUGUUACAGAUUCAGUAAUGGGUCCUAAAUAUGUAGUCCCUGUGGAGAGUGGUUUAGGAAAAGAAAAAGGACUUGAAAUUUUAUCCCUUUUUGUUAAUAUGAAGAAAGCAGAUUUGCCAGAACAAGCUCACAGUAUUAUAAAAGAAUGUAAAGGUUCACCUCUUGUAGUGUCUUUAAUUGGUGCACUUUUACGAGAUUUUCCCAACCGCUGGGAGUACUACCUCAGGCAACUUCAGAAUAAGCAAUUUAAGAAGAUAAGGAAAUCUUCAUCGUAUGAUUAUGAGGCUUUGGAUGAAGCCAUGUCUAUAAGUGUUGAAAUGCUCAGAGAAGACAUCAAAGAUUAUUACACAGAUCUUUCCAUCCUUCAGAAAGAUGUUAAGGUGCCUACGAAGGUGUUGUGUAUCCUCUGGGAUAUGGAAACUGAAGAAGUUGAAGACAUACUGCAGGAGUUUGUUAAUAAGUCUCUCUUGUUCUGUGAUCGAAAUGGAAAAUCAUUUCUUUAUUAUUUACAUGAUCUUCAAGUAGAUUUCCUUACACAGAAGAAUCACAGCCAGCUUCAGGAUCUACACAAGAAACUAAUCACUCAGUUCCAGAGACAUUUCCGGCUACAUUGUCUUUCACCGGAUCAGGAGGACUGCAUGUAUUGGUACAAUUUUCUGGCCUAUCACAUGGCUAGUGCUAAAAUGCACAAAGAACUGUGUGCUUUAAUGUUUUCCCUGGAUUGGAUUAAAGCAAAAACGGAGCUCGUAGGCCCUGCUCAUCUGAUUCAUGAAUUUGUGGAAUACAGGCAUAUGUUGGAUGAAAAGGAUGGUACAGUCUGUGAGAAUUUCCAGGAGUUUUUAUCUUUAAAUGGACAUCUUCUUGGACGACAGCCAUUUCCUAAUAUUGUACAACUGGGCCUCUGUGAACUGGAAACUUCAGAAGUUUAUCAGCAAGCUAAGCUGAAGGCCAAGCAGGAGGUCGAUAACGGAAUGCUUUACUUGGAAUGGAUAAACAAAGAAAACAUCAAGAAUCUCUCCCGCUUGGUCGUCCGCCCCCAUACAGAUGCUGUGUACCAUGCUUGCUUUUCUGAGGAUGGUCAAAGAAUAGCUUCUUGUGGAGCUGAUAAAAACUUGCAGGUUUUCAAAGCUGAAACAGGAGAGAAACUUCUAGAAAUCAAGGCUCAUGAGGAUGAAGUGCUUUGCUGUGCAUUUUCUGCAGAUGACAGAUUUAUAGCAACCUGCUCAGUGGAUAAAAAAGUGAAGAUUUGGAAGUCUAUGUCUGGGGAACUAGUACAUACCUAUGACGAGCACUCAGAGCAAGUCAAUUGCUGCCACUUCACCAACAAUAGUAAUCACCUUCUCUUAGCCACUGGUUCAAAUGACUGCUUCCUCAAACUCUGGGCUCUGAAUCAAAAAGAAUGUCGAAAUACCAUGUUUGGCCAUACAAAUUCAGUCAAUCACUGCAGAUUUUCACCAGAUGACAAGCUUUUGGCUAGUUGUUCAGCUGAUGGAACAUUAAAGCUUUGGGAUGUGAAAUCAGCAAACGAGAGGAAGAGCAUUAAUGUGAAGCAGUUCUUCCUAAAUUCAGAGGAGCCUCAUGAGGAUAUGGAAGUGAUAGUGAAAUGCUGUUCAUGGUCUGCUGAUGGUGCUAGGAUAAUGGUGGCAGCAAAAAAUAAAGUCUUUCUGUUUGACAUUCACACUAGUGGCCUGUUGGCAGAAAUCCACACAGGCCAUCAUAGCACUGUCCAGUACUGUGACUUCUCCCCCCAUAACCAUCUGGCAGUGGUGGCUUUGCCCCAGUACUGCGUGGAGUUGUGGAAUAUGGACUCAUGUUUAAAAGUAGCUGAUUGUAGAGGACAUUUAAGUUGGGUCCAUUGUGUGAUGUUUUCUCCUGAUGGAUCAUCAUUUUUGACGUCUUCUGAUGACCAGACAAUCAGGCUCUGGGAGACAAAGAAAGUAUGUAAGAACUCUGCUGUAGUGUUAAAGCAAGAAAUAGAUGUUGUGUUUCAAGAAAAUGAAGUGAUGGUUCUUGCAGUUGAUGACAUAAAACGUCUGCAACUCAUUAAUGGAAACACAGGUCAGAUUGAUUAUCUGACUGAAGCUCAAGUGAGUUGCUGUUGCUUAAGUCCACAGCUUCAGUACCUUGCAUUUGGAGGCGAAGAUGGAGCCAUUCAGAUUUUAGAACUCCUAAACAACAGAAUCUUCCAAUCCAGGAUUGGGCACAAGAACACUGUACGGCACAUCCAGUUCACAGCUGAUGCAAAGACUCUUAUCUCAAGCUCUGAUGACUCUGCAAUUCAGGUAUGGAAUUGGCAAUCAGAGGAAUAUGUCUUUCUGCAAGCCCAUCAGGAAACUGUGAAAGACUUUAGACUCUUGAAAAAUUCAAGACUGCUUUCCUGGUCGUUUGAUGGAACAGUGAAGGUAUGGAAUAUUAUUACUGGAAGAAUAGAAAAAGACUUUGUCUGUCAUCAGGAUACAGUUCUUUCUUGUGAUAUUUCUCCUGAUGCAACCAAGUAUUCUUCUACCUCUGCUGACAAGACUGCAAAGAUUUGGAGUUUUGAGCUCCUUUCCCCUCUUCAUGAAUUGAGAGGCCACAAAGGCUGCGUGCGCUGCUCUGCCUUCUCUGUGGACAGUAGCCUGUUGGCAACUGGAGAUGACAACGGAGAAAUCAGGAUAUGGAAUGUCUCAAAUGGUGAGCUUCUUCAUUUGUUUGCUCCGAUUUCAGUAGAAGAAGGAGCUGCUACUCACGGAGGCUGGGUGACUGACCUUUGCUUUUCUCCAGAUAGCAAAAUGCUUGUUUCUGCUGGAGGAUAUCUUAAGUGGUGGAAUGUUGUCACUGGGGAAUCCUCACAGACCUUCUACACAAAUGGAACCAAUCUUAAGAAAAUACAUGUGUCCCCUGACUUCAAAACAUAUGUGACUGUUGAUAAUCUUGGUAUUUUAUAUAUUUUAAAGAUUUUAGAGUAAAAUAGUUAAGCAGCGAUGUAAGUUGAACUCUUUUAAUUUUGAAUUGGAAAAAAAAAUCGUAAUGAAACUGUAUUUCAACUUUUUAUAAAGCUGUGAAUUGUUUUGCAGUAUUGCAUUCAAUACGAAAGUGUUUGUGGUUGGAUGAAUACUAUUAAUGUAGCUUUUCCCAAAUGAACACACCUUUAAUCUUACUUUUCAUAAUCAUCAUCAUCAUUUUUAACAGUUUGUCCUUAAGAUACAAAUGAAAAUGUAAAUAUGUACCUUGUUAUACCACUGGUAAAAUUCUCCCUUGAUGCAUUCUAAUUGGUUGACAUAAUUAAUGAGAAUAAUUUGAAGGAAAUAUAUAUUUUAAUAAUAUUAUGCAGGCUGUGCCUCAGGGUAGUAGUGGCUUGAUUUCUGAACCACAUUUACCCCAAGGGGGUAUAGUUCUCACAAAUAUAAUCUCAGAACUUAUGUGCACCCCUUAAACUUGCUUUAAAAAUAUUGCGUCUACGUGCACAGUUUGCAAAAUUUCCUUUAAUUCACUUGAUAAGUGAGUCUUAGCUUUCAAAAGUACUCUCUGUGAAGCAAAAGUUACGUGUGUUGGAGUGCGUAGAUUUUGUUGGUCUACCUUUUCUCAUUAGCUGAUGGCAGCCCCGGGCUGGACCUGCACUCUUAGCAGUCAGUCUCUGAACUGGGCACUCUCCUGCUUUCUCUGGUUUUUUACAUACCAGACUUCCUACUUGACUGAACUUAACCUUUCUUAAUCCUCACUUUUCUCUCUUUAUUUAAAGUAAUUGCUCCACAGUUAAAUGUUAGUAAAUCUGAAUAAUUGGCGAGGAGCCAAUUUUAAUCAUAAUUUUUAACAACAGAAUUUUUCCAAGAUAUAGAAAAUAGUAAAAAAUAAUUUUCUGGGCUUCCCUGGUUGCGCAGUGGUUGAGAGUCCGC